GAAAGCAACAAGGAAGAAUGUUAAGGAGUUGCAGGUGAUCCUGCCUAGCAUACCUUCCUCUUUCAGAUGCUUUUGUGCUCCUUGCCCUUGUAGGAUUCUCUGUCUUAAAGAUGGGGAAGAAGCUUAUUUCUCUUGGAUAUUUGGCAACUAGCCUGGGUUGCAACUAAGUGGAAAGUUCUUCUGCAUAAUCCCCACUAAACUGGUUACCUCUAGUUCCCCCCCCCCGCAUCAGUUUAUUGCAAGCUGUUAUGCAGAGCUUUCAGUGGGAUCUAUGCAAGAGAAUUUCCCAGUCCAUCGAGCUUAUAGGCACUGUUGGGAGUUCUGUAAAGACUUUGGAACUUGCUGAGGAUGGAAGGAAAAGAUUUGCUGCAAAGGGCGUUGACUACUAGCAGCUGAGAACGGGCAGGGGGAAAGUGAGACUGUUCACCCCUGCUCCUUUAAAAGGCUGCAUUGGGAAAAGCUGUUGGCUGAUCAUCUCCAGAGGAUUGGCAGAGUGUCACUAUGAGCAAUAUUGGAAAGCCAAUGAGACCAGGAUCCACUGUUGUAAGUGAAAUACCCAAACGAAAGAAAGGACGGCCAAGAAAGCAGCCCCAGGAGCUUGUUGGACCAUUGCCACCAAAGAAACCUCGUGGAAGGCCAAAAGGAAGCAAAAAGCUGAGUGCUGGGAGUGGACGGAUGGUACAAACUUCUGUUGAAAAAAGGCCCAGGGGAAGACCUCGAAAAUGGCUUGCUGUCCAGGAGGAAGAAUUACAGAAUGCUGGCAUUCAAGGGAGAAGCAACCCAAGCUCUAAUACGUCAUGCCGUGCCAUAGAAGGCACAUCUGGAAAAGGAUGUCAGAGGAUCAACAGAAGUACAGAACACAGCAGAUCGAUGGACACUUCUCCAACUGUGGUUCAGCAGCAGAUGGCUUGUUGAUGUGCCACUGAAGUAAAAUAUGUUUGAAUCAUAGAGCUGGAAGAUGCCUUACUGCUUGAUGCAGGCAAUCCAGAGCUGCAGUGGCAUCCCCAACAGAUGGCUACCCAGCCUGUGCUUGAAGAUCUCCUGUGAGGGAGAGCCCACCAACCUACUAGGGCAUUGGUUCCAUUGCCAAACUGCUCUUGCCAUCAAGAAGCUUCCCUUAAUAUCCAGCAGACUGGACUAGAUGGCCAAAAAGACCCCUUCCAGCUCUAUGAUUCUAAUAUAUUAAAUUCCCAUUCUUCUCUCACUGUGCCAAGUGAAGCAUUAUACUUGCUUUUUGUUGUUGUUUAUAUCAGUUUUCUCCCAGUCCGUUGACCAUCUCUCACAAGAUUCAGAUAUUCACUUUUUAAAUGGUUGGUUUGGGCUGAAGAGAUUUAUUAGAACUCCUCAGAGUUUGCCUGAAAUUAAAGUUACAUUAUGUUCUUUAAAACUCUUUACCAGAUUGUGCCUUGUGCUAUUGGGAAUGCUUGCACUCAUAGAAAGGAGGGAUGUUGAAUUUAAUAAAUGAGAAAUGUUUGAAUGAUGAAA